UGCAAUUUCCAUGUCAUGUAUAAAUACUCUAUAAUUGCAGCUCAGACUGCCUGCACUACUUUAGACACCAGUGAGCUCGGCCAUAUAUAACUCCGUCCGAAUGAAACAUGCCCACCAUGGCUUGGACAUGGACUAUUGCCGCACUGCUCAUGCUUGCUUAUCUCCUGCGAGAAUGGGCAUGGAAAAGCAGUAGCAACAAGAAGAAAUUACCUCCUGGUCCAAGAGGUUUCCCUCUCUUUGGGAACCUUCACCUGUUAGGGGAAUUACCUCAUCGCGAUCUUCAUCGACUUGCCCAAAAACAUGGCCCCAUCAUGUACUUGCGCUUAGGCUUGGUGCCUGCCAUUGUUGUCUCAUCGCCUCAGGCUGCUGAGCAGUUCCUCAAAGCACAUGACCUGGUGUUUGCAAGUAGACCACCUCUUGAGGCCUCAAAGCACAUCUCUUAUGAGCAAAAGAACAUGUCCAUGUCUCCAUAUGGCUCUUAUUGGCGCAACAUGCGUAAGAUGUGCACCCUUGAAUUGCUUAGCAACCAUAAAAUCAAUGCUUUCAAAUCCAUGAGAAAAGAAGAGCUUGACCUAUUGACUAGGUUUAUUCAAGAGGCUGCCCGUGAUUGUGUUGCUGUCGAUCUCAGUGCCAAGGUUUCAUCUCUCAGCGUGGAUAUGAGUUGCCGUAUGGUGUUUGGGAAGAAGUACAUGGAUAAGGAUAUUGAUGAGAGGGGAUUCAAGGCUGUAAUCCACGAAAGCAUGCAACUGGGAGGAACUCCUAACCUCGGUGAUUAUAUUCCUUUCAUUAAGCCCCUUGACCUGCAGGGGCUGACACGACGAAUGAAGGCUGUUAGUAAGAUCAUUGAUAACUUUUUUGAGAAGAUCAUCGAUGAGCAUGUCCAUUCACAGGACAAAAACAAGACCAAGGACUUCGUUGAUGUCAUGCUGAGCUUCAUGGGAUCUGAAGGAUCUGAGUACCGUAUUGAACGCUCCCAUAUCAAAGCCACAAUUCUGGACAUGCUUGCGGGCUCAAUGGACACAACAGGAACGGUAGUUGAGUGGGCACUGUCAGAACUAAUGAAGCAUCCGCGGGUAAUGAAGAAAGCUCAAAAAGAGCUGGAAGAUGUGGUGGGCUUGGAGAGGAUGGUGGAGGAAUCGGACUUGGAUAGCUUGGAGUACUUGGACAUGGUUUUGAAGGAAACCUUAAGGCUACAUCCAAUAGCACCAUUGUUGCUACCUCAUGAGGCCACGGAGGAUUGCACUGUCCAUGGUUUCCACAUACCCAAGAAGUCUAGAGUGAUAAUAAACGCGUGGGCAAUUGGGCGAGACCCUAGUGUUUGGAGUGAUGCAGAGAAGUUCUUCCCGGAGAGAUUUGUUGGGAGUAACAUAGAUGUCCGGGGACGUGACUUCCAACUUAUCCCAUUUGGCUCCGGUAGAAGAGGCUGCCCGGGGAUGCAAUUGGGUCUCACUGCGGUUCGGUUAGUAGUCGCACAACUUGUCCAUUGCUUUGAUUGGGAGCUUCCUAAUAACAUGCUGCCAACUGAAUUGGACAUGACUGAGGAGUUUGGUCUAGUAACUCCAAGAGCCAAGCAUCUACUUGCGUUUCCUGCUUAUCGCCUAGGCAAAUGAUUUAAAUAAGUGUUCUUUCUUGUUUUCUUGUCUAAACUUAUGUGCCCGUACAAUGCCUGGAUUUGCAUGUAGUUGAUGUAAAUUAUGUAAUCCUAAUAUGUAAGGAUUACAUGUUUAUAUUAAUCGCUAUCUAAUUUAAAUAGGAGUAGUAGUUGAAUAAGAGUCUAAUCUAAUGAGAGAAGACAAGUAGUAGUAGUUAUUAUCAUUUAAAGUUCUCUUUGAAUAACAGUCGGAUUAUUUAGCUAAAGGAAUGUGAUAGAAGUAAUAAAACUCUAUCUAGAAUAAAGUUACACUUCUACGUGAGUUUGCUAGCCUAAUUGUAUAUUUAAUGAAACAGACUAUGGAAUAAUAUUAUGUUGAUUAUUGUUAUGUGAAA